AUGGCGGCCAAACUUCUCAUCUGCUACCUGCUACUGAGCUCAACUCUCGCUGACAGUGUGGCCCGGUGUACAAGAUCAGAGCCCAGCAAAUCGUGCGGCAGGACCCUGACGGCGUACCGUGGCUGGGUGCGCUCCCCGGCCUAUCCCAGGCCCUACCCCACCCCCAUGUCCGCAGACGACCGGGUCUGCACCUGGGUCAUCAGUCUGCAGCAGGGUCACGGGGUCAAGGUCACGGUGUAUGGGUGGGACCUGAACUCCGAGGUGACGCGGAACUCCACGGUCAGGGACGAGGUGCAGGUGUUCGGAGACGGGACGUGCAGUGACCGGCGGAGGUUACGGAGUUACGUGGGGACGUCAGAGCCGACAGACGUGGUGUACGUGCCCAACCACGUCGCCUGUCUCAAGUUUUACCGGCGAACCACCGGCAACGAUAUUCACUCGGGAUUCACCAUCGAGUAUGAAGUAGUGGACGCCUACAGCGAGUGCGGUGGGAGUAAGGCUGUGAAGGUGGUGUCCCAGGAAGGCUACAUCUACAGCCCCGGCUAUCCCUUCGGCACCAACUACCCUCCUCACAUCAACUGUACCUGGGUCAUCCAAGCCAAGCCCGGACAGGCCAUACAGGUGAACUUCCUGGACUUCCAGCUGAGCUACUCCUACGGCUGCGACUUCGCCACGGACUACUUACGGAUCGGCAACUCCAACGCGUCUUACGACUUCACGUACUGCGAUCAGAGGGACCCCGCGCCGUUCAAGAGCAGGGGAAACGUCGUCUGGGUCUUCUUCAAGACGGGGCAGUGGAGGCAGCGCGGAUUCUGGUUACACUAUAAAGCUGUGGGCGGUGCGACGGCGUCCGACCAGCCCAUGCCGGACAACUGGGCAAAGAACAGCGUCUACUACACUUCGGAAGGAGGUCCCAAGACAUUUCAACCGAGGAUCUUUACUACUGGUUACCUUGACGAUUCUGACAACAUGGAGUAUGCCGGAAGGGUGACCACAGCCUCACGCUAA